UGAUCACGACGGCUCGCUACCUGCUCGUCGGUCGCUGUCGCCGCCUGCCUCGCCGCUCCUCCCCGCCCGGCGCCCAUCGCCACCUCGCCCCAGCCAGCUGAAAUUUCUGAUAGGGUUCAAUUUUCACCCUCUACGUCGGCCGUUGCUCCGUUAAUCAGGGCAGGAAAUGGCUCGCACGGCCACUCCGCUCUCGGCGCUGCUCCGCGGCCUCUCUUCCCGCCCUUCCCACUCCCCCGCAUUCCACGCCGCGCUGCUCAAGUCAUCUUCCCUCUCCAGCCCCAUCCCGGCCACCGCCCUCCUUACCGCCUACGCAAAAGCCGGCCUCCCAGGCGCCGCCUCCCGCCUGUUUGACGAAAUGCCCGUGCGCGACGCCGUUGCCUGGAACGCGCUCCUUGCAUGCCAUGUCCGUCACGCGCGCUGCGGUGCCGUCGCUGAAGUCUUCCGCGGCAUGGCGGCUGCCGGGUUCGCGCCAACGGCCGCCACCCUCUGCACCAUGCUCAAGGCCUGUGCUUCCUCCCGCGCAGUCCGCCCCGGCCGCCAGGUUCAUGCGCGGACAGUUCUUGCAUGCCACGGUGAUGUCAUUAUGACGACAGCUCUUGUUGAUCUCUACAUGAGCUGCGGCUGUGUCGAGGAGGCGAAGAGGCUGUUUAUCCACACGGACUGCCCCAAGGACGUGGCGCUGUGCAACUCUGUUCUUUCAGGAUGCGUGGAGAAUGGCCAGUUCCGGGAGGCUUUCUUGAUGCUGAGGGGAAUUGAACUCAAUGGAAUCACACUGACUUGCGCUCUCACAGCUUGCUCAGCCGCAGCAAAUCUGGCAUACGGCCUUCAAGUGCACUGCAAGGUUCUCCGAUGCGGGUUUGAUUCUGAGACUGUCCUAUGCAAUGCACUUAUUGACAUGUAUGCAAAGUGUGGGCGGACAACGGCUGCACGUGUGGUGUUUGAUCGGAUGACUUGCAGAAACAUUGUUUCCUGGUCUAGCAUGAUUGAUGGUUAUAGUCGCCAUGGGCAUGGCAAAGAGGCUUUGGAUUUGUUUGAGGGGAUGGAGAAAGCUGUACCCAUUGUCUUGCCUAAUGCUAUUACAUUUCUUGCUGUUCUCUCAGCUUGUGGACACUCUGGUCUUGUGGAUGAAGGCCGGUCCAAGUUACAUCUGAUGAAAAGAAAGUAUGCAAUUGAUCCAGGACCAGAGCACUACGCAUGUUUUAUUGACAUGUUAGGCCGGGCAGGACUGAUUGAUGAGGCAUGGGAUCUCUACUGUUGUUUACAUUCGAAUAAAAGUCAGCUCCAUGGUGCAAUCUGUGUGGCUAUGCUGAAUGCAUGUAUGGCUAACAUGGAUGUGGCAAGAGGAAACAUGGUUGCUGAGCAUAUUAUGGAGGUUGAUCCACAGAAUCCUCGAAAUCUUGUGUUAAUAUCAAAUUUUCACGCUGCUGCUGGACAAUGGUCUAUAUCAGAUGGAUCAAGGAAGGUUAUAAUGGACAAGGGUCUCAAUAAAGAAGCAGCUAGUAGUCAUGUCUCCAUUGGCUAAAAUUAAUUUACACAAAUAUGGAGGUACAGUUCAUCGACUUACCUGCAUACACUAUAAGAGUGUAAUCAACAAUUGCUUUUUCUUUUAAAACAAACCUACAAAUCAAUGUUGCUAACUGGUUCGUGGCGGGGCCUUUUUUUAUAUUUAAAAUCUAUUAUUGCUUGAA